AUGGCGGAGAUCACCAGUGUCCACCCCGGCUUCGAUGUCUCUCCAGUUGUGGCAGGCCUCAUCGGUGCUACCGUCCUCGUGGUCUCUGUCUCAGUCACAGUUUUUGUGUGGACAUGCUGUCACCAGCAAGCAGAAAAGAAGCACAAAACCCCCCCCUACAAAUUCAUUCACAUGCUGAAAGGAAUCAGCAUCUACCCGGAGACCUUGAGUAACAAGAAGAAAAUUCACCGCAUCCGGAGAGACAAGAACGGCACCGCCAAGGAGCCUGGAAGGGGCAACCUCCUGGUGGAUGCUGCAGAAUCUGGCUUAAUAGGCUCUGAGAAGGCUCCCGAGGGGCCAAACGCAGCCCCCCACGUCGACCAGCUCCCAAUCAAAGUAGAUUAUGGAGAUGAACUAAGUCCAGAUCAAAGCCUCACUCCGGGAGGAAGUAAAACCUCCUCCCCGUCGUCUCCGGGGGACGACGUCCUGUUGGGGGAGUUGACUUUCUCAGUGGACUACAACUUCCCUAAAAAAGCUCUGGUGGUUACUAUCCAGGAGGCUCACGGGCUGCCAGUGAUGGAUGAGCACACCCAGAGCUCUGACCCUUACAUCAAGAUGACAAUUCUGCCAGACAAGAGGCACCGGGUGAAGACUCGAGUCCUCCGCAAGACGCUGGAGCCAGUCUUCGAUGAAACCUUCACCUUCUAUGGGAUCCCUUACAGCCAGCUCCAGGAUCUGGUGCUCCACUUCCUCGUGCUCAGCUUCGAUCGCUUCUCUCGAGAUGAUGUUAUUGGAGAGGUCAUGGUGCCCCUUGCAGGGGUGGAUCCAAGCACUGGGAAGGUUCAGCUGACCAGGGAGAUCCUCAAAAGGAACAUACAGAAAUGCAUCAGCAGAGGGGAGCUGCAGGUCUCCCUGUCCUACCAGCCUGUGGCACAGAGGAUGACUGUGGUGGUGCUGAAAGCCAGGCACCUGCCAAAGAUGGACAUCACUGGCCUCUCAGGUAGAAAUCCCUACGUCAAGGUGAAUGUUUACUACGGGCGGAAGCGCAUCGCCAAGAAGAAGACUCACGUCAAGAAGUGCACUUUGAACCCAGUCUUCAACGAGUCCUUCAUUUACGACAUCCCUGCCGACCUCCUGCCGGACAUCAGCAUCGAAUUCCUGGUGAUCGACUUCGACCGCACCACCAAGAACGAAGUGGUCGGGAGGCUGAUCCUGGGGGCUCACAGCGUCACCGCCGGGGGCGUGGAGCACUGGAGGGAGGUUUGUGACAACCCUCGGAAGCCAGUGGCCAAAUGGCACAGCCUGAGCGAGUACUAG